AUGGAAGAAUGUAUAUAUUCAUGUGAUGAUGAAUCACAAUUAACAAGUAGUACAUAUACUCCACGUAGUGGAUUUGAAUUAAAUGAAAAUUAUAUAAUAUUAGAACCGGAAGAUAAAACAUUAAAAUCAACUUAUGAAAUUAGUUCUACAUUUUUCUGUCGUAUACUUACAUUAAUUUAUUUUUUCUCAUUUCUAUCCAAUUUCAAUCAAAUAUUACCAUUAUUCGGUACUAAUGGUUUAUUUAGUACUACUAAUACAGGGUUAAUGGGUACUACUACAGGGUUAACAGGUGGUAGUACCGGGUUAACAGGUGGUAGUACAGUAUUUACAGGAUAUGAUAAUAUUAAAUUGGAGAAUAAAACAUUUUAUGAAUCAAUUAGUGAAUUUCCGAGUAUAUUUUUAAUUAUACCAAUAACAGAUUUUACACUCCGUUUAAUACCGUUAAUAGGAUUAUUUAUAUCAUUUCUUAUGUUUUUGACUGGAUUCCAUUGUAUGUAUUCAUUUUUAAUAUUAUGGAUACUCAAAUUAUCUCUAGUAGCUUUAUUCAAAUUUAUACCCAAAUUAUUAUCAGAUUUAUUAUUAUUAGAAAUUGGAUUCUUAACAAUUUUUAUCUUUUCUCCUUUCAAAUUCUUUGAUAAAUAUUUAAAUUUAGAAGUCUCUUCAAUUAUUAUUUGGAGUUUUCGUUUCUUAUCUUAUCGUAUUAUAUUUCUUUCUGGUAUAUAUAGAAUCUUCCUCAAGUGUAGUGUUAAAUAUAUAUUAACAUCAAUACCGUUACCUACAUUUUUUACACAUCUACUCCUCAGACUAAUUACUAAAUAUAAUUUCUUAAAUCAUCUGUUAACAGCUGUAUUAUUAUUUUUUGAAGUUAUUUUAUCCAUUUUUUUAAUUACUCCUUUUAGAAAUUGUAAUAUAUUUGCUGGUAUAGGAUUAUUAGUUUAUUCUUGUAUAUUUAUGAUUUUAGGUAAUUUUGGUCCAUUUUAUAUCUUAUUAGGAUUAUGUUCAUUAUUUUGUUUAGAUGAUCAAUUUUUAGCCUUUACUAAAUCCAAAUUUAAUCCUUUCAUUAAAUCUGAUCAUCUUAUGAAAUCUAUUUCUAUUGAUAUUAUAGAAUCAAUUAUUGAUCAAUAUGAUGGAGAUGUGGAUGGUGUGGUAGAUGGAGUAGGAGUGGGAUCAGUAGAUGGAGUAGGAGUGGAUAUAGAAAAUUUUACAAAUAUACCAGAAAAUACAUUAAAUAGUAGAAAUACUCUAAAUAAUAGUAGAAUUACUAGAAGUAAUAAUCUAGAUGGUGGUUUGGAUAGUACUGUAGAUGGUAGUCUGGAUGGUACUUUGGAUGGUACGGAUGGUACUGUAGAUGUUGGUUUGGAUAGUACUGUAGAAGAACAUAUAUUCGAAAUGAAUAUAGAAAAUAUUACAAAAAUAUUUACUAGAGAAUUUUAUAAAAAAAUAUUUAAUGAUAUAUUAAUUAUAUUUUUUAUAAUUAUUAUAAUAAUUUCAAGUAUAUUAUUAUUUUUAUUUCCUAAAUAUAAAAAUUUUAAAGCAUUUUUAUUAUUUUUAUUUUGUAUAUUUUUGAAAUCUUAUUGUGAAAAUAAAUUUACUACACCACACCAUACAAUAGAAGGUAAUAAUCCAAUACAUAGUAAUAAUACAAUAGAAAAUAGUAAUAGGGUACAAAAUACUAAAUAUAUAGUAAAAGGUAAUAAUAUAGUAGAAAAUACUAUAGUACAGGGUAAUAUAGUAGAAAAUACUAUAGUAUAUGGUAAUAAGUAUAAAUUAUGUGUAUUAUAUAUAUUAUAUAUAUUACAAUGUAUAUUAAUAUUUGAAAUAAUAAAGAAUGGACCAAAUAUAUGGAGUUUUUUAUUAUGGAUUGGUAUUAUAGAAUUACAAAUUAAUUUAUCUAAAAAAAUUAAUAAUUUUCAUUAUUUAAUUAAAAUGAUUAUUAAAUCAUUUUUAUUUAUACAUUUUUUAUUUUAUAAUUUUAAAAUUUUUUAUUCUUCCGUUACGGUGCUUGGUCCAACGCCUACAGUUGUACCUAAUACCACUACUACUAAUACUAAUACUAUCCAUACUUUUAAUACUAAUACUGGACUUAUUAAUACUCCUUAUAACCUUAAUAACCUUAAUACUACUUAUAAUACUGUUAAUAGUACUCUUAAUACUGUUAAUACUACUACUGGAACUACUGGUACUGGAGGUGGUAUAGGAAUUGGUAUGAAUAAUUUUUAUAGUAUAAAUAAUUAUAGAAAUAUAUAUAAUAUAAAUAAAGAAAGAUAUGAAAUAGUAAUUGAAGGUACAAAUGAGAAUUUUGUAACUACAAAUACUCAUUGGAUUGAAUAUUAUUUUAAAAGAAAACCAUCAAAACUUGAUCAAUUUCCUCAUUUCAUACCUUUUUAUCAAUAUUAUUUUGAUAAUUUAUUAAUUAAUUUUGUUAACUCCGUAACGGUGCUUGGUCAAGCAAAUAAUAUUCCUCCUAACAAUACUAAGGAUAUUAAUAGUACUACUGGUACUUUUAGUACUUUGGGAAAGGGAGCUGUUGAUACAGUUGGAGCAAGCACCGUAACUGAGGAGAAAAAUCCUAAUGAAAGUGCUGCUGUAACUAAAUCUAGGGAGUCAGGUACAAAUAGUGAGGGAGAUGGUGUUAAUACUAAGGGAUUAGGUACUGUUACUAAGGAAACCCCUUUGGGGGCUGUUGGUACUACUGUUGGCCGUGAACCUGACACCGUAACGUAUAAAAUGGAUAAAUAUAUAUUUAAUAUAAUACGUAUGUUAUUAAUGGGUUCAGAAGAAAUAAAGAAAUUAAUGAAUGAUCCAUUUGAAGGUACAAAACCAAAAUAUGUAAGAAUAUUAAUAUAUAAAUAUUAUUUUACAAGUACAUUUCAGAAUAAAACACAUAAUUGGUAUUAUCGUAAUUUUAUAACACAAUUUAUACCACCACUUUGUUAUUCUCCCGUUACGGUGCUUGGUCCAACGGCUAGUAAUGGUACUGAUAGUACAGUUGUACCUGGUACUAAGGAAACUAAGGAUCCUACUGGAGCAAGCACCGUUAUGGAGGAGAAAAAUUUGAAUAAAAUUGCUGUUGUAACUAAUUUUGGGGAGUCGGAUACUAAUUCUAAUACUAAGGUAAAGGGAGCUAAUUUAGAUACUACUACUGGUGAUACUACAGUUGGAGCAAGCACAGUAACGGAGAAUAAUAUAAUAAAUAAAAGUGUAACAUUAAAUAAUACAAAUGUAUCAUUAAAUAAUAAAAGUGUUUCAUUAAAUAAUAAAAGUGUACCAUUAAAUAUGGCAGAAAGUUUUAAUCAUAAAUUACCAAAUGUAGAUGGAAUCAUAAUUACAUCCAAAUAA